AGCUCUGCGUUGCCAAGUUACGACCAAACUAUUGCUACAUAAAACAAGAUCGGAUUUUUAAAAAAAACGUUGAAAUUCAAUUGUUAUCGUUAAAAUGGCAACAAAUCCGAACCAAAAUGAAGCAGAGGAGUACACAGACGAUUAUAACGACCUUCAAGGCUGGUUUUACCAUGCACCUGCAGCAAGGCGGAACAAGGAACCAGUUCUAUAUCCUCCAAUGUCACAGGUUCCUGGCCUUGCCGAGGAUGAUGGUACGCCGGAGGAUCCUCCAAGACCAUUGUUUAGAGACUCGGACACAAAAUAUAUCAGGCUUGCGAAACAAGGCGGAAGAGCAAAUUUAUUACAAAUAAAAGAGAAUGAUGCCAACAGACGUGAACCAGUUUAUUAUCCAAGAAAUGAAUGGUUCUAUCUAGAAGAUAAUGCCAUGGAAGAUGAGGCUGAAAAAAGGAAAAAUGAAAUAGAUUAUGAUUUUCUGCGACCAGAUUACAUGGUGCACGAGGCAUACAAGGAAGACGCUAAUAAAGAAUACAUGAGACCAGGCCGGGGACCGUUGGGAUUUGACAAAUUAUCAGUGUUCGAAAGGGAACCAGGAAAUAAUGCAACAGACAAAACAGUCAAAUUACCGGAAGUUAAGAAACCAGGGUAUGGUGUUCGGAGAGAUAAGCCGUUACCUAGAGCACUCAGGAAUAAGCCACAGUCCGCCCAGACAGAUCCCGGGAAAGGACCACAUCCUCUGAAAUAUUUACCAAUGGAAGACAAAAAAGAUAGAAGAAGAAAGAAGCCCGCAACAGAUGCUGCGGAUAAGACUAAAAUCAGUAAAAUUCUCGGCUACGCAUAUGAACGGGAGUGGCAAGAUGAGUUGAAAACAUGGCAGGAGAAACAGGAAAUUGGACGAACGAGGCAUAGACAGAUGACCCAUAUACCGCCAAACUCUGAUGAAUUCAAAAUAAGAUCGGAGUAUGAAGUAAAUUUUGGAAAACGCUCAGCGGCUGUACAUUCAGAUUUAGAUAGAGCAGGUACCCAACAAUCAUCUCGGCACUCUGAGGGUAAACAAGGAUACUCUGUACGUCAAACCGAGACUCAGAGAUUACGAGAAGCCCAGUUACAAAAACCCGUACAAAGAGAUCCAUUUAAGAUGACUAGAUUUAAGAAUAUUCCAGCAAGAAUAGAGUCACAGAGACCCACAGUGGCACCUAUAAACUAAGACAUUUAUCAUAAUACAGUGCAAAUUUUGUACAUGAUUGUUGUUGU